GGAGGGCAUCGUGCUACCCUGCUCGCUCCAGCUCGCCCGCGGGUCGGCGCGCUCGUCCAGCAAAGCGGCGCCCAGGGCUGCGGAGCUGCCGGGCUGCACACUCACCGCCGCCUGGGAAGCGGAGACAGCUAGUCUAGCUCCGAGAUGGGGAGAGGGCGAAGUUGACGAGCCCCCUACCCACACCGCGCCCCUCCAGCCCCGAGGUGCGCCGCCCUCUCCAGGAGGUGCCCGCACGCGGCCCUGCUCCAGGGUCUGCAUCCUGCUGCCUGUCGCGCGUGCUUGUUUGCCAAAGGAGCCACCCCAGGAAGAAGACCCAGAGGGGAGUUGUUCCCCAAGGGGAUACCUGCAGCCCAGACGAGGGGUUUGGGCGGCCUGGAUGCGCAGGACCCAGACCCGCAGCCGCUGACGCCGGUCGGCGGCGAAGUUUGGCUGCUGAGCGGCGCGGCGCAGGGCCACUGGACAGCGGGCAGCCAGGCGGCCGCGGAGGCGGGCGCGAUGCCGGUGGGGGGCCUGUUGCCGCUUUUCAGCAGCCCCGUGGGGGGCGGCCUGGGCGGGGGUCUCGGCGGCGGCAGCGGCGGCGGUGGCAGGAAGGGGUCGGGCCCCGCUGCCUUCCGCCUGACGGAGAAGUUCGUGCUGCUGCUGGUGUUCAGCGCCUUCAUCACGCUUUGCUUCGGGGCGAUCUUCUUCCUGCCCGACUCCUCCAAGCUGCUCAGCGGGGUCCUGUUCCACUCCAGCCCCGCCCUGCAGUCGGCCGCCGACCACAAGCCCGGGCCCGGGGGACACGCUGAGGACGCGGCGGAAGGGCGAGCUGGGCGCGGCGAGGAGGGUGCGCCCGGGGACCCCGCGGCCGCCCUGGAGGACAAUUUGGCCAGGAUCCGCGAAAACCACGAGCGGGCUCUCAGGGAAGCCAAAGAGACACUGCAGAAACUGCCCGAGGAGAUCCAAAGAGACAUCCUGCUGGAGAAGGAAAAGGUGGCCCAGGACCAGCUGCGUGACAAGGCGGUGUUCAGGAGGCUGCCCCCAGUGGCUUUCGUGCCCCCCGUCGGGGCGGUUGGCCGGGAGCCGGCGGACGCAGCCAUCCGAGAGAAGAGGGCAAAGAUUAAAGAGAUGAUGAAACAUGCUUGGAAUAAUUAUAAAAGUUAUGCCUGGGGAUUAAAUGAACUGAAACCUAUAUCAAAGGAAGGCCAUUCGAGCAGUUUGUUUGGGAAUAUCAAAGGAGCAACAAUAGUAGAUGCUCUGGAUACACUUUUUAUUAUGGAAAUGAAAGAUGAAUUUGAAGAUGCAAAGUCAUGGGUUCAAAAAAAUCUAGAUUUUAAUGUGAAUGCUGAAGUUUCCGUCUUUGAAGUAAAUAUACGCUUUGUUGGUGGACUACUCUCAGCCUACUAUCUGUCUGGAGAAGAGAUAUUUCGAAAGAAAGCAGUGGAACUUGGGGUAAAAUUGCUACCUGCAUUUCAUACUCCUUCUGGAAUACCUUGGGCAUUGCUGAAUAUUAAAAGUGGGAUUGGAAGGAACUGGCCCUGGGCCUCAGGAGGCAGCAGUAUUUUGGCAGAAUUUGGAACUUUGCAUCUGGAGUUUAUACACUUGAGCCACUUAUCAGGAAACUCCAUCUUUGCAGAAAAGGUAAUGAAUAUUCGAACAGUACUAAACAACCUGGAAAAACCACAAGGCCUUUAUCCUAACUAUCUGAAUCCCAGCAGUGGACAGUGGGGUCAAUAUCAUGUAUCAGUUGGAGGACUUGGAGACAGCUUUUAUGAAUAUUUGCUAAAGGCAUGGCUAAUGUCUGACAAGAGAGAUCUAGAAGCUAAGAAGAUGUAUUUUGACGCUGUUCAGGCAAUUGAGACUCACUUGAUCCGCAAGUCUAGUAAGGGACUGACGUACAUCGCAGAAUGGAAAGGGGGCCUUCUAGAACACAAGAUGGGCCAUCUGACCUGCUUUGCUGGAGGCAUGUUUGCUCUCGGGGCAGACGACGCUCCCGCUGGCCUGACCCAACACUACCUUCAACUCGGGGCUGAGAUUGCCCGUACCUGUCAUGAAUCUUAUAAUCGUACAUUUGUGAAACUGGGACCAGAAGCUUUCAGAUUCGAUGGCGGUGUUGAAGCCAUUGCUACAAGGCAAAAUGAAAAAUACUACAUCCUACGACCAGAGGUUGUUGAGACUUACAUGUACAUGUGGCGACUGACUCAUGAUCCAAAGUACAGGAAAUGGGCCUGGGAAGCCGUAGAGGCCCUGGAAAAUCACUGCAGAGUGAAUGGAGGCUAUUCAGGCCUAAGGGAUGUUUACCUCAAACACAACAGUUAUGACGAUGUGCAGCAGAGUUUCUUCCUGGCAGAGACACUAAAAUAUUUGUACUUAAUAUUUUCUGAUGAUGAUCUGCUUCCACUGGAACAUUGGAUCUUCAAUACCGAGGCACAUCUUCUCCCUAUACUCUCUCCAAAUAGAAAGGAAGUUGAAGUCAAUGAAAAAUAAAAAGACAUUUUAUCAUUUACUCUGCUCCAUUCCCUUCACUGCAUACCUUAAUAAUUCCUUUUCUGAUAUUCAGGCACAUGAUGAUUUUUCUUACUAGGUCUGUGAUUAUUCCAAGUUCUAAAUUGUUUUGCAGUCUUUUAUGUUGAUUAUUAUAGGCUUAGAUGGACCUAAAUUUCUUAUGGUACCUUUUAUUUUUCAGUCAGUAGAUCACAGGUUCUUUUAUUUUAAGUAAUCUAUUAUCUCUGGAGUUCAUAAAGGAAUAUAAAAUCAUUUUUAUUAAACUGAAUAGAAUGGUAUACCAAUGACCUCUUAAUUACAAUUUUGAUUUGACUGCAAAACUUUUUUCUCCUCUAUGAGGAGAUGAUGUCUGCUUUAAGCUGUAAUGUUUUGCCAUGUUGCAAAAAGCCAUAAUUAAUAAAUUAAAUAUUAAAAAAGCUUUUUCCUUUUCAAUUUCAUGUUAAUAUGGUUUGUCUAUCCACCAGAGACAGAUCUUAUAACUGUGACAGCCUCCUUAUGCGGGUCUAUCAUUACUUGAUAGAAUGUCUUCUGAAAUACUUCACUCACAUUUUAAUUCAAAUUAGAAUGUCAUCCCAAAGGAUCAUUGCAUAUUGACCUCAUUUCAUUAGAACUAUAGUAUAUUUUUGUUGGUUAAUUAUAUUAGUGUUUCCUGAUUUGUGAAUUAGUUCUCAGAUUUUACUUCAAAUGCCCUGUCAUUUCUGGAUCAUGUACUAGUUAAUUUCUUCUAUUCCCCACCACAUAGCAAAGAGAGUUUUCAAGUUUUGCACAUCUCCACUAUUACCGAAUUUUAUAUUUUUAAGGGAAAUAGUAUCACUUUUAGUAUGUUAGCUUUCGCUUUUUACUGAAUAAAUGAAGAAUUGGGUCUCUCUAAAGAGAUGGUGAGUAUUUCAUAUGAUUUUUAGUUUGCAUUUCAUCUUUAACUUUUUUUGCUUGACAAAAAGAAAGUAUUACAUUUGGUUCAGAUUUUUCAGAUUUGAAAAAAGACCUUUCUCAAAUGUAGCACAUUUUUUCAUUUCAGUUUAUGAAAGCGGGAUUUAACUCUGAAAGCUUUGCCAAUAUUUCUAUUCAUAGUCAAUUGAGGAAAAUCUAAUACGCUUUUACGCCAAAUAAGAGUAUAGUAUGUUUUGUCAGGUUAAAUUCAACAUAGAGAUUCCAGCUUAGAACCAAUGUAUAGAAUUGGACACUGCCAAUCUCUACAAUCUGUAGCAGAUCAAAAUAGUUAUAUGAUUCUUCAAAGCAUUGUUUUGAGAUAUGAGUAGUUUUCCCAAGAAUAGAUUUGGCAACAAUUUGUGUUUUCUUAUCAUAUUGGUUCAUAUUUUAUAUAUAGUCCCAUGAAAGGGCUGAUAUGAUGAUGCAUAUUCUGAGGUACAAAGACUUUAACCACCUGCAUUUUCAACCUACCGUGAUAAAAUAGAUCAGUGCAACCCCCAAGAUUAAGCUGAAGCAUAUGAAAUGGUUGCAUUUGUAGUUUAAAAACUAUCCAAUAUUAGCAAUUUCAUAUGGUUCAACCUGAUAUUUUUUAAGACAGUUAUUUUCUUGGAUCUCAAUAGUCUUAAUUUAGUUAUUUCAGCUUUUGAAAGUGUUUCAAAAGAUUUUCCUUGUCUGAAAGGACCACCUGGUGUGCCCUGCUCUUUUUUUCACUAUUGUACGUUGGUAUAUGUCAAAGAAUAAAUUAAUAAAAUUAGUAAAUGAAAAAGAUCCUUUGGUACAUCAUUAUUUUCAUGUUAAUGUGUUUUGAGACCCAGAAUAUCUUCCACUCAUAUCUUCAGACACUUUAUGAAAUGAAUAGAUAAUGAGAGUCCUUUUUCCAGGACUCAGAGGCAAAAUGUAAGAGAUUAUUGCCAAAAUUGGACCGCAUGUAUUUAGAUUACAAUUUUAUAUGUAGUUUUCUUUGAUUUUAAGUUAAUUUUCUUUGAUUUCCAAUUCGAUUUGAAAGAGCACAAAGAUGAUAUGUAUUUCUGUAGAAGAUGGGAUUUUAAGAUCAGGUUUAUGUACCCAGUGCACUAUAAUGUACCUUUAGUAUCCUGGAAUAAGUAGGCAAAAAGAUUGUACUAGUCUGCCAAUGGCAAGAAUAAAGUUUUUCCCAUUCUAGAACUUGAAUUUUUUAAUAUAAAUCCCAAAACACCAAAAAUGUAAAUGAAUUAAGAGAUUAAUACUAUGGUGAUGUAAUUUAAUUAAAGUUCUAUUUUAUGUUAAUUAUUUUAAACUGAAGUCCUUAGGUAGACAGUGUCUGUCAUUUUCAGCAGUUUCACCUAAAAAGAGAAUAAUUAAAAUAGCACUUAAUUUUGUGUUUCUGCUUAUGUUUUUGGUAUACUUUGUGCAAUUCAUAUUACACAUAUAAGUUGUAUGGCAAUUUACAGAACUCAAUGUUUGUCAUAACUCCUUCAUCUGUAUUACUCAUUCCUUACAUUGAUUGUUUUUGAUUUGUACGUAAGUCCAUUCCGUCAUUUCCAACUUUAUAUAAAUCUUUAAUGUUAUGAGAAACAUAAUAGAUUACACAUAAUUUUUAAAAACUAUAUUUGUAAAAUUUCUUUAUUGUGAAUAAAGCAUUUUAAUAUA